GUGGGGUGGCGCGUAGGGCGCGUAGGUCGCACAACAUAAGUGCCAUAAGUGUAUGUUCAGUGCGUUUGUGUGCGUUGUGUGUGAGUUGAAUGGGAUGCUAGGUUAUUUGGAGCAUUAAAUAUGAAUAUUCACGAUGAUGUAAUUAAGCUGUUCAUAACUGUUGGCCUCAGUGAACAGAAGGCUUUGGAAACAAUAAAGAAUGAUAUGUUAACAAAACAUUUGAAGUUUGUUAUAGAGGAGGCUGUUAGAAAUGGUGGCACACUGCAAGAAAUUGGGAUGUUGUUGUACCACUUAGCAGCUAAAAUUAAAGUUCAGAUCCACCAUUUCAUUCCUGUGGUAGUAGAAUACAUAGUUGCAAACAAGAUUAAUUCACAGCAGCAAAUUGAUGCUGCCUUGGAUUACUUGUUAUCGCAUUUGAAGGGGGAUCUUAAUAUAAAAGAGUUUGAAACUGCAUGUGGAGUUGGUAUUACUGUCAGUCCCGAGGAAAUUGAACAUGUUGUGGAAAAAUUAAUAAAGAAACACAAAGAUGAAUUACUGGAUAAAAGGUACCAGUUUAAUGUGGGAGUUAUCAUGCGGGAAGUUCGACAGGAGCUGAAAUGGGCUGAUGGGAAAGCAAUUAAAAAUGAAGUGGAUUUGCAGGUGUUAGAUUUACUAGGCCCCAAAACUGAGUCUGACUUCUCAUCUCAGAUAAAACAAACUAAGAAGGUUAAAGCUAGCAAGCCUGAUGGGGACUCAACAGAGUUGACAAAGGAUGUUGAACCCAUUGCGGUCAUUGAUGGUAAAAUUGCCCCUGCUCACAUGUCUAUAAGUGAAAUUAUGAAAACCAAAAUACAUUUUCAUAAACCAGGUGAGAAUUAUAAAACAGAUGGUUAUGUAGUAACUCCGAACACCAUGAAGCUCUUGCAGGAACACUUGAAGCUCACCAGAGGACAGGUAAGAACAAGAUUUCCACCAGAACCAAAUGGAAUUUUACACAUUGGACAUGCUAAAGCUAUAAAUAUUAACUUUGGAUAUGCUGCAGCACAUGAUGGCAUCUGUUUCCUGAGAUACGAUGAUACUAAUCCAGAGAAAGAGGAGGAGAAGUUCUUCUUGGGCAUCAAGGACAUGGUAGAAUGGCUGACAUGAAGAACGGUAAAAUAGAAGAAGGAGAAGCAACACUGAGGAUGAAGAUCACAUUAAAGGAGGGCAAACAGGACCCUGUAGCUUAUAGGAUAAAAUUCCUCCCACAUCACCGUACAGGAGACAAAUGGUGCAUUUAUCCUACCUAUGACUACACACACUGCCUUUGUGAUUCCAUUGAACAUAUUACCCAUUCUCUGUGCACCAAAGAAUUUCAAAGCAGACGCUCCUCAUAUUACUGGCUUUGUAAUGCCUUGGAUAUUUAUUGCCCUGUACAGUGGGAAUAUGGGCGUUUAAAUAUGAACUACACCGUUGUUUCUAAGAGGAAAAUUGCCAAGUUGAUAUCAGAAGGCACAGUGAAAGAUUGGGAUGAUCCUCGUUUAUUUACACUAAGUGCACUUCGGAGGCGCGGAUUUCCACCUGAGGCUAUCAACAACUUCUGUGCCCAUAUGGGUGUGACAGGAGCUCAAGCUGUUGUGGAUCCUCAGAUGCUGGAAGCAUUUGUUCGUGACAUCCUUAAUACCACUGCCCAAAGGGCUAUGGUUGUUCUGGAACCACUGAAAGUGAAAAUAGUAAAUUUUCCUCUACCUAAAACAACAGACAUACAAGUCCCAAAUUUCCCCAGUGAUCCACAGCAAGGAUUUCACUUCGUGCCAUUUAGUGAAGAACUGUAUAUUGAACGAACUGACUUUAAGGAGGUAGGAGACAAGGGAUACCGACGUCUGACUCCUAACCAACCAGUAGGGCUUCGUCAUUCGGGCUAUGUCAUUGCUGUCUCCAGAGUGCUGAAGGACUCUGGAGGAAAUGUGGUGGCGUUGGAAGUAAAGUGUGAACCAGCAUCUGUAAGGGAGAGACCUAAAGCUUUCAUUCACUGGGUUUCACAGCCACUGAACAUUGAAGUCCGACUGUAUGAAAGACUUUUCAGACACAAGAACCCAGAGGACACAGAUGAAGUUCCAGGGGGAUUUUUAUUGGACUGCAAUCACGAAUCCUUGCAGAUUUUGCAGGCUUAUGGAGACGUAUCCCUGAGAAAUGCAUGUGUAUACAGCAAAUUCCAGUUUGAGAGAACUGGUUUUUUCUCUGUGGAUCCAGAUAGCACACAUGAAAAAAUAGUGUUCAAUCGUACUGUCACCCUCAAAGAAGAUGCUGGAAAGUGUUGACA